UUAUCAUAUGCAAAUUCUAAGUAGCAAAGCCAGCCUGUAAAUGCCAUCUAAUUCCUACAGAGAAGCGUUAGCAUCUGUUGCUCUUUUGGGCUUCUAUUUUUACAUUCGAAGGAUGCUGAUGCAUGAGGAGACGAGCUCAAAUGAAUGGACAGCAGUUGUCCUGGUGAUUUCACCUCCGUCAGAUAAAAACUGGCAUGAAUGAACCAAAAAAAGCAUGAAGGAAGGAGGAGACAAGGGCAAACUCUUCCCUCUUUCCAUGUUUCCUAAAGGGCAUGGGUGUUCCGUUCUCACACAUGCCUCACGUUUCUACACCCCCCCACCCCUCCUCCUCCUCCCUCCUUUGUAGAAAAAAAAUACGGGAGGAGGAGGAGGGCGAGGGAAAAAAAAUGAAGUCAAUUAUACAACACCCGGCUCUCCUCUCUGCAGCUCAUCUCCUCUCUGUUACUACUACAGCUGGUGGCUCCACAUGCGCACCGGCGCUCUGUAGUCAUCACCGGGUACACCGGCUCCAGUCUGUAGGUAUGUCGGCCGAUGGCUCUGACGAGAUGGGGGACAGACCCGCGGAUCCUGCUGCAGAGGAGGAAGGCCCGAGCCAAGCCGGCUCCUCGCUGCCAGCUGUUGAGCUGCCAAGGAAACGGAAAGGAGAUGUGGAGCAGAGGGAAAGCCUUGACAUCGAAAUGGAUUAUGAUCCGAGCAGAUCUGAGGGAGAAGAUGCACAAGUGAAAAUGAAAUGCUUCAGGGAGCCUCACAGCCAGAUUGAGAAGCGGCGGAGGGACAAAAUGAACAACCUCAUCGACGAGCUGGCCGCCAUGAUCCCUGCCUGUCAGCCAAUGGCACGAAAACUUGACAAACUCACUGUGCUGCGAAAAGCUGUGCAGCACCUGAAAGCCAUCAAAGCUGGGCCAAGCAGCGCCUUUACAGACACCACCUGCAAGCCUUCCAUCCUGCCUCACGAUGACCUCAGACACCUUCUGCUCAGGGCUGCAGAUGGUUUCCUCUUAGUUGUAAGUUGUGACCGGGCAAAAAUCCUGUUCAUCUCUGAGUCAGUCUGCAAGAUCCUCAACUUUAAGCGGUUGGAGCUGACUGGACAGAGCUUGUUUGAUUUCAUCCACCACAAAGACAUCAACAAGGUGAAGGAGCAGCUGUCGUCUUCGGAGUCGCACCCUCGCCAACGUUUCCUUGAUGCUGCAUCCGGGGUCCCGGUCCAGGGGGACAACCUGCCUAAACCAUACAGUUUGUCCAGUGGGGCCAGGAGGUCCUUCUUCUGCCGGAUGAAGCACAGCCGGGUGUCAGGGAAACGAGAGGACAAACAUUUGCUGCCUAGUACCUCCAAAAAAAAAGACCCGAGCAGAUACUGCACCCUCCACUGCACUGGAUACAUGCGGAGCUGGCCUAGAAGCCAGCAGGAUUCAGAAGGGGACGCAGACAAAGAAACCUCAAACCUGACCUGCCUGGUGAUGGUUUGCCGCCUUCUCCCUCCAACAUCUCACCAGCCUUCCAAAGACGUUGUUGUCAAACCCUCAGAGUUCGUCACACGCUAUGCCAUCGAUGGCAAGUUCACUUUUGUAGACCAACGAGCCACGACAGUUAUAGGUUAUCUGCCGCAAGAAGUUCUCGGCACGUCGUGUUACGAGUACUUCCACCAGGACGACUUGUGUCAUCUCGCAGAAAAACACAGGCAAGCACUGCGGAGCAAAGAGAAGAUUGAAACACAGUGCUACAAGUUCAAAACAAAAUACGGCUCCUAUAUUACACUCCAAAGUCAGUGGUUUAGUUUCACAAAUCCAUGGACCAAAGAAGUUGAGUUUAUUGUGUCUUCAAACAGGGUUAUCUCGGGGCCUGGUCACACAAAAGAAGAGGAGGCAGGCAGCUCUCAAGCACCACAGGAAGACUCAAAACAAUUACCCAUAAUUCCUGGCCUUUCAAGUGGAGCGGGGACUAUGAUAUACGCAGGCAGUAUAGGGACCCAAAUCGCAAAUGAACUCAUCGACACUUACAGGGUGAGCUCCUCUCCAUCAAGCGGGGCUUCCAGUCCGUUUGGGACGAUCCAGGAGAAAGGUCCACUGGUUUCACCUCAGACCAGUAGGAGUGCGUCCAGCAGAGAGGAGGCACCAGGCAGCUCAUCACAGUCCCACUCUGACUCGGGGACAGCAGCAGGCACAGGCAGUGGAACUUCAGAAAGUACGGAUGAGCCGUCCCAGCUGGACUUGGACAGCAUGGUGGUGCCGGGCCUGAGCAGCUUCAGCAGUGAUGAGGCGGCCAUGGCAGUCAUCAUGAGCUUGCUGGAGACGGAUGUAAACAUGGGUCAACUGGGGGACAUUGAGCAGUUACACUGGCCUUUCUGAAGGGGGCACACAGACACUCAGCCCCUCUUACACACUCUUGUGCCGUUUUCUUGCCAUUUGCUGAGAAAAAUUGGACUUGAAAUUGAUCUUUCUCUGACUAAUUGAUCAGGCCUUGCACAAUAGAACCCAUUGAACACGUACCAAAGGUUGCAACAUGGGGAAGCCCAACAGACAGAAAUUUAUAGGAAUUCUUAAGACUGUGAUUAUCCUGUUGGUCCCCAUUGCUUGAAGGAAAGUUAGGUUAAGUGUCUCCAGACUCCAGAGCCUGUGGUGAUUCAGUGUCUUCCUCACAGACUUUAAACAGCAGGACAACUUAACUUUCCCUCCACCUGCCCCUUAAAGAGUGACCAAGGUCUGGGGGAGACUCCGACUCCUGCCAUGUGCAGUGCUGCUAAAGAAACUCCUGAACCCUUUGACAGUUGAGAAACCUUCAGUACAAAGUGAUGAUAUACAGGUUUUUCAUAACGUGGUCUGAUUGUUGCAUAUUUUUACCCUGUUUUUUAAUGAUGCCCUCCAGAAAUAUUUAAGUUAUGUCCCGGCAGAGUAAUGUUUGUCUCUUGUGUCCAGUAAGAAGUGAAGAAGGCAAAGAAAGGACCGUCUACCCUCUUUGGUUUGUUUUCAAGAAUUGAAUUUUCAUCGAUUAUGCAAAAAUGUAUUUCCACCUGCAACACAACCCUGCGACUACAGGCCAAGUAAACUCCCUUUAUAAGAUUUUAGCUUGCACAGAAACAAACUGUGAGUUAAUUUUAUAUCUAAGUAGAAAUAUGUCCUCAGUUUUACAAAUAAUUUUUAUAAAUGUCCGAUAGGUUCCAAAUCUACCAUGACGGACUUCAACUGAACUCACUAAGCGUAGUAUAAUCCUAUCACAGCACAAAGCCCGGCAUAACUUAUUGUGGCCAAAAGCAUCUACUCUCAUAACAAUAGACGUAUUGUACUGAUUUCACCAGCCGGCUAAUAACAGGUAUUAGCAAGGACCACUAAUUCUAUCAAGACCGUUCAAGGAAGUAUGUUUUGUGGACAAAGCUUUACUUUUGAAAAUCAAUACUUGAAUAUUGGCUCCUGUUUACAGUGUGGUACCAGUUAGCAUGGAUACAGGCUUUACAUUGAAAUUUCUACCAAACCACACAAAGACUACCUAAUUAUCCAUGUCUAUCCAUGAGGUCCCUGAAUGAGCAGAACAUCCAUCGUUUCCAAAACUUAACCACUCGAUGCAACCAGUUCUUAAAGUAUUCUUUGUGUUUAUAUCUGAGGUUUCUCUCUCCCACUUUGCACUAAUGUGAUUUGCAUAUUGGACCACACUUGGCUACCAGUUGCUUUAUGAAUCACGCUUGUAUUAACCAUCUCAUAUUUAGAGAAACCUUUACUGAAACAGAGGAAUAUGGCAGCAGGUGAGAACCACACCCUUUAAUCACAGAAAGAGUCCAUGGAGGAUCUUUACAAGGAGUAUCUCUUUAUGUGACUAUUGUCCUUUUUGAAUGUGGACUGAAUGACGAAGCUCCAGUUUGCCUCCACUGCGUGCUCACAUAUCACAUAUACUUUGCUCUCCUGUGAGGUCAGGAAAAACUCAUAAAAGAAUAUGUAAGGUUCAGCAUGGAUGGGAGAAUGUGCUCCAGUGUUAACAAGGGACAAGCCAACAUGUUUGAGGGGGGAACGGUUGUAAUGUUGUUGUGUCAUGUCUUUUAUACAUACCUCUACUUAGUGUGUAGCCCCAGGUUAGUAUUUGAAGAGCCUAUCACAAGUUAGCCAUAGUGUUUCUGUUAUUAGGGAGACAGUCAUGUUGCAGUUAUCUAUUAUUGAAUGUCUGAUUACGUCAACUGUGUCUUUUAAAAUAAAUUCCACCUUAAAGCAUCUCCUCAGAGUUGAAAAAACAAAACAGUUUUUAGUGGAGUAUAUUAGUGGCUUUUUAACUUUACAGGUAAAGAAAAUUGUUCAUAAAGUCCUGACAUUUACAAUCCUAGCAUCCUUAUUUCCUGGGGGGAAAGAUGCCAGAAUGUAUUGCACUCAUAAGACUGAGGUUGUCAAGGGCAUGUGGCCAUGACCAUUUAGAACCACGUUUCAAAUAUCUGUUCAUAAGGCGGCCAUUUUGUUCUGACUUGAUGCUCAAAGUGUGAUGCUCAAAUGCUAAGAUGCUGUAGAACUGCUUGGUUUCAGGUUUUGAUGAUAAAACAAAAUUUGGAAAUGGGAAAUGUUAUCGUUUAACCCUUCCUCUGUUGUUGAGAGGCAAUGAAUGGUAGUAGUCAGCCAAGCUAUAGCUCUCAGCUAGUGUUAACCGAUUCUUAGCUAAUUUGAAACUAACAGGAAAUGCCUAAAUUUUUCUCUGACAGUAUUUUAGCUUGGAAUUGGUUUAAUGCUGAAGUUAGUUUUUGUUUCUUAGCGGUUACCAGCAAGUAAACUACCAUGAAAUAUGGCACGAUUUUUGCUAUCCAAUCUUUUUAGUGGAAAAUCAACUGUACAUAUUUUUAGACUCCCUUUAUGAUAAAAUUAUUAAAAAAUUCCUACCAUGGGUCUGACGUCAGAGAAGAAAAUGGUCGCUUUGUGAAUCUGGUCAAUAGCCUCUGAAUUGUCCUUCAGACUUACUUUAACAUUGUGAGAGUAUGUGAGGGUGGAUUUUACUUUUAAACCCAGUGACUGGCCUUCAUACAGCACAUGUAAACUUUGGUUAUAUCACUGGUUCCUCUAAUCUUGAAAGCAUAAUGUGAUUGUGUUGCCUUGAACUUGUUCCGGACACGGUGCAAUUGUAAAUCAACCGUUAUGCACUGUCUUAGGCUUUAAAAGCAAGACUGUUGGUACUGGACAAUGCUUGCUGUUGCCAUCAGUGCCGUUGGAAAUGGGCACUAAAGCAUACUGAAUGCGCCCUGCUAUCAAAAGAGAAAAUGUCUGCUAUUUGUAUGUACAAGUUGUCAUUAAUGUAUCUGCUGUAACAAGGAGUGGAGGUUGAAGUAUUUAAAAGUAAAGACAUUUUUCAUAAAG